UCUCCUGUGCUGGAAUCACACCCAGCCUCCCCUUUUAUCCCGGAUUCGAGAUCCAGGAGCCAAUCCCUGGAUCCAAGAGAAGCGCAAGGAGUGCAAGGAGAGGGAUUUAGAGCAGAAAACGGUGGGGGAAAAAAUGCCAAAAAUCGGGAAUUUCGUUCUUUCCCAGAUUUCCCAGGUCUGCCAGCUGUGCCAGCAGUCUCCCAGGCUCUUUUCCAACCACGCUGCCCAGCUGCACACGCUCCUGGGUCUCUACUGCAUCUCUGUCAACUGCAUGGAUAAUGCAGAAGCACAAUUCACUACAGCACUGAGGCUCACAACCCACCAGGAGCUGUGGGCAUUUAUUGUCACCAACCUGGCCAGCGUCUACAUCCGGGAAGGGAAUCGGCACCAGGAGGUGAGCUGGGGGCUCCCCAAAUCCUGCUUUUCUGUGGAGAAAAUUCCUGGGAUUUGGCUUUUCCUGG